UCUCUCGCUCUCUCACACGCGCAUACAUAGGCAUACUUUCGAAAAGGUCAUUCUUACUGGCCACUUGCAGCAGGCUUUUCCUCUGCACAUUUCACAUGGGGACAUCUCCGGGUUUGUAAGGCCUUGGACGAAAACUGCACGGCCUGGCAGGUUGUCGUUGCAGCGGCCAGCUACGGCCACUACAUCGCAACGGGACUGAAUGUUAAAGAAACCCGAAGAAAGUGACAUCAGAAACGGCACUGACUGGAACAUGGCUUCCCCCACCUCCUCAUCGCCUGGAGGGGGGUCCCCUUCCCCUUCUGGAAAUGAAGAUCGCAUUCGCCAGUCGGAUAGCAACACCAGCUUCCUGCGAGCGGCGCGGGCGGGGAACAUCGACAAGGUGCUGGAGUACCUGAAAGGGGGCGUGGACAUCGGCACCUGUAACCAGAAUGGGCUUAAUGCUUUGCAUCUGGCCGCCAAGGAGGGCCACAUGGACCUGGUGCAGGAGCUGCUGGACAGGGGCUCCUCUGUGGACUCGGCCACUAAGAAAGGAAACACUGCCCUCCACAUCGCCUCCCUGGCAGGACAGGGGGAAGUUGUCAAAAUCCUGGUGAAGCGGGGAGCCGAUAUAAACUCGCAGUCCCAGAAUGGCUUCACUCCUCUGUACAUGGCUGCCCAAGAGAACCACCUGGAUGUAGUGCGCUACCUGCUGGAGAAUGGGGGGAACCAGAGCACGGCCACAGAGGACGGGUUCACUCCUCUGGCCAUCGCCCUGCAGCAGGGCCACAACCAGGUGGUGUCCAUCCUGCUGGAGAACGACACCAAGGGCAAGGUGAGGCUGCCCGCCCUGCACAUUGCUGCCCGGAAGGACGACACCAAGUCCGCCGCCCUGCUGCUGCAGAACGACCACAACGCUGACGUCCAGUCGAAGAGCGGAUUCACCCCCCUGCACAUCGCCGCUCACUACGGCAACGUCAACGUGGCCACGCUGCUGCUGAACCGAGGGGCCGCGGUGGACUUCACCGCCAGGAACGGGAUAACUCCCCUGCACGUGGCCUCCAAGCGCGGGAACACCAACAUGGUGCGGCUCCUGCUUGACAGAGGAGCGCAGAUCGACGCCAAAACGCGGGACGGUCUGACACCCCUGCACUGUGCAGCGAGGAGUGGGCAUGACCCCGCUGUGGAGCUUCUGCUGGAGAGAGGGGCGCCCAUGCUGGCCAGAACCAAGAACGGUCUGUCUCCGCUCCACAUGGCUGCCCAGGGUGACCACGUCGAGUGCGUGAAGCACCUGCUGCAGCAUAAGGCGCCUGUUGAUGAUGUCACCCUGGACUACCUGACCGCGCUGCACGUGGCAGCUCACUGCGGGCACUACAGAGUCACCAAGCUGCUCCUGGACAAGAGAGCCAAUCCCAACGCCCGUGCCCUGAACGGUUUCACUCCCCUGCAUAUCGCCUGCAAGAAGAACAGAGUGAAGGUGAUGGAGCUGCUGGUGAAAUACGGAGCUUCCAUACAGGCCAUUACAGAGUCGGGCCUAACCCCCAUACACGUGGCAGCCUUCAUGGGCCAUCUAAACAUCGUCCUGCUGCUGCUGCAGAACGGAGCCUCUCCUGAUGUUAGCAACAUCCGUGGGGAGACGGCGCUGCACAUGGCAGCUCGGGCUGGUCAGGUGGAAGUGGUGCGAUGUCUCCUCAGAAACGGAGCUCUGGUGGACGCAAGAGCCAGGGAGGAUCAGACCCCUCUGCACAUCGCCUCUCGUCUGGGCAAAACGGAGAUCGUCCAGCUGCUGCUCCAGCACAUGGCCCACCCGGACGCGGCCACCACCAACGGCUACACGCCGCUCCACAUCUCCGCCCGCGAGGGCCAGGUGGACGUGGCCUCCAUCCUGCUGGAGGCCGGGGCCUCCCACUCCCUGGCCACAAAGAAAGGAUUCACGCCCCUGCACGUAGCUGCGAAGUACGGAAGCCUGGAUGUGGCAAAACUCCUCUUGCAGCGCCGAGCCUCUCCGGACUCUGCCGGCAAGAAUGGCCUCACGCCCCUCCAUGUUGCCGCGCAUUAUGAUAACCAGAAGGUGGCGCUGCUGCUCUUGGACAAAGGGGCGUCCCCCCACGCCAUGGCCAAGAACGGCUACACCCCUCUCCACAUCGCGGCCAAGAAGAACCAGAUGGACAUAGCCACCACCCUGCUGCAGUACGGGGCCGAGACCAACAUCCUGACCCGGCAGGGGGUCACGCCCCUGCACCUGGCCUCUCAGGAGGGCCACAGCGAGAUGGCGGCCCUGCUGCUGCUGAAGGGAGCCCACGUCAACAUGGCCACCAAGAGCGGACUGACCUCCCUCCACCUUGCUGCUCAAGAAGACAGGGUCAACGUGGCUGAUAUACUGGCCAAGAAGGGCGCAAACCUUGACCAACAGACCAAGCUGGGCUACACUCCCCUGAUUGUAGCAUGUCACUAUGGAAACGUCAAGAUGGUGAACUUCCUUCUGCAGAACGCAGCUAGUGUCAAUGCAAAAACCAAGAAUGGCUACACCCCCCUCCACCAGGCAGCCCAGCAGGGAAACACUCACAUCAUCAAUGUGCUUCUGCAGCAUGGAGCCAAGCCCAACGCCAUCACUGUGAAUGGAAACACAGCUCUGGCCAUCGCCCGGCGACUGGGCUACAUCUCGGUGGUGGACACGCUCAAGGUCGUCACCGAGGAGAUCAUCACCACGACGACCCAGACGGUGACAGAGAAACACAAGCUCAAUGUGCCAGAAACCAUGACCGAAGUCUUGGACGUUUCGGACGAGGAAGUUCUCAGAACGACUGACGGCGAUCUGCUCGCCGAUGACUUGACGGAUCUGGAAGGCAGCCAUUGUACUCUUGGCACCAGAUCUUCACUAUCUAUGUACAGUGACGACACCAUGACGGGAGACGGAGGGGAGUACCUGAGGCCGGAGGACCUGAAGGAGCUGGGAGACGACUCCCUGCCCGGACAGUACCUGGACGGGAUGAACUACCUGCGCUUCAGCCUGGAGGGGGGCCGCUCAGACAGUUCUGACAGGUCCCACACUCCCACCCACCGCGGGUACUACUCCCCGAAGGAGGGCGCCAUGCUGGAGGAGAUGAUCUCCAGCCACCACAUGUCAGCUCUUUCCAGGGAAAUUGAGAAGGAUUCAUACCGUCUGAGCUGGGGCACUGUGAACCUGGACAAUGUGGCCCUAUCAUCCAGCCCCUUACACUCUGGCCGAUCCUCUCCGUGCCAUGAUCAUGACAACAGCAGCUUCCUGGUCAGCUUCAUGGUGGACGCGAGGGGCGGGGCCAUGCGAGGGUGUCGUCACAACGGCCUGCGCAUCAUCAUCCCGCCGCGGAAGUGCAGCGCCCCGACCCGCGUCACCUGCCGCCUGGUGAAACGGCACCGCCUGGCCACCAUGCCCCCCAUGGUGGAGGGCGAGGGCCUGGCCAGCAGGCUCAUCGAGGUGGGGCCGUCUGGAGCGCAGUUCCUCGGGCCCGUGAUCGUGGAGAUCCCUCACUUCGCUGCUCUGCGGGGGAAGGAGAGGGAGCUGGUGAUCCUCCGAAGCGAAACUGGGGAGAGCUGGAAGGAGCACCACUGUGAGCACACAGAGGAGGAGCUCAACGAGAUACUCAACGGCAUGGACGAGGAACUGGACCCUCCAGAGGAGCUGGAGAAGAAACGCAUCUGCCGCAUCAUCACCCGAGACUUCCCACAGUACUUUGCGGUGGUGUCUCGGAUCAAGCAGGAUAGCAACCUGAUUGGGCCGGAGGGCGGCGUGCUGAGCAGCACCGUUGUCCCGCAGGUCCAGGCGGUGUUCCCGGAAGGCGCGCUCACCAAGAGGAUCCGAGUGGGCCUGCAGGCCCAGCCAAUGAACGUUGACCUGGUGAGGAAGAUCCUGGGCAACAAGGCGACGUUCAGUCCGAUCGUCACCCUGGAGCCCAGGAGGAGGAAGUUUCACAAGCCCAUCACCAUGACGAUCCCCGUACCAAAGAACUCCGCGGACGCGGCGGUGAACGGCUUCGGCGGAGACACGCCCACCCUGCGCCUGCUGUGUAGCAUCACCGGUGGAACUACGCCGGCUCAAUGGGAGGACAUAACAGGAACCACUCCCCUUACGUUCAUCAACGACUGCGUGUCCUUUACCACAAAUGUGUCUGCAAGGUUCUGGCUCAUAGACUGUCGACAGAUCCAGGAGUCGGUCAAUUUCUCCACGCAAGUUUAUCGGGAGAUCAUAUGUGUCCCCUACAUGGCCAAAUUUGUCAUAUUUGCCAAAACGCAUGACCCGAUCGAGGCCCGGCUACGGUGCUUCUGCAUGACGGACGAUAAGAUGGACAAGACCUUGGAGCAGCAGGAGAACUUCACUGAGGUGGCCCGUAGCCGAGAUGUGGAGGUCCUUGAGGGGAAGCCCAUUUACGCAGACUGCUUCGGGAACCUAGUUCCCCUGACCAAAAGCGGACAACACCACCUCUUCAGUUUCUUUGCGUUCAAGGAAAACAGACUUGCCCUCUUCAUUAAAGUUCGAGACAACACCCAGGAGCCUUGCGGCCGCUUGUCCUUCAUGAAGGAGCCUAGAUCCUACAGAAGCCUGGCCCAGAACGCCAUCUGUAACCUGAACAUCACCCUACCUUCACACUCAAAGGAUUCCGAUUCAGAUCAAGAGCCUGAUGAAGAGACCAGCAGGACACAUGACAAAUUAGAUCCACAGGAGGAAGCUGAGAGGAGGGAGGAGAGGUUGGCUGUCAUUGCUGACCACCUAGGCUUCAGCUGGGCGGAGCUGGCCCAUGAGCUGGAGUUUAGCGAAGACCAGAUCCAUCAGAUAAGAAGUGAGAACCCGAAUUCCUUGCAGGAUCAAAGCCACGCCCUGCUGAAGUACUGGAUGGAAAGAGAGGGAAAACAUGCCACAGCAGAGAGCACCCUAAUGAAGAGGCUGACGAAGAUAAAUCGCAUGGACAUUGUGCACCUCAUCCAAACAAAACAAGUCAAGUCCAGUAAAGACCAGUCCUCGAGGACAUAUGCCGAAAUCGAGAAGACCAUAGCACUGGACCACAGCGAAGGUUUCUCUGCACUUCAUGAGGACUUUGACAGUCCCCGGCCAGCACGGCGCUCUGAGGCAUCGCCCAGGCAACCUGGAUCUGGGCCCCCCAUAGUGUCAGAGGAGGACCUCUCUACCAGCGUCUUCUCCAUCCUAGACAGCACGUCCAGGGGAGGCAGCGACCUCUCUGUGACUGAGAUCCUGAGGCACACACAGAAGGAGAAGAGAGAGGCCGACCUGCAGACACAUGCAUCACCUGGUGCAUCCAAGACUGUAUCUGAGAAGGCAGGAGCAGCCAAGGUGCCCGUUGGUUCUUGGAAACACGGGGAUGACAUGCCAGAAAUCCUCCCGGAGACCGUGACCGAGGAGCAGUACACUGACGAGCAUGGGAACAUGGUGGUGAAGAAGAUCACCCGGAAGGUAAUCCGUAAGUACGUGUCGCCUGACGGCGUGGAGCGGGAGGAGGUGAUGUCGGAGGGCUCGCACCAGGAGCUGGUCCGCGUGGAGGAGGGCGACGGCUACUCCAAGGUGGUGAAGAGGACGGUGCUGAGGAGCGACGGAGAUCGGACGGAGGUGAGCUUCUCGGAGGCCCUGCCGGUGGGUGCGGCCACGGCCUCGGAGUUCGAGGCGGAGCCCGUGCAGGGACGCAAGGUCAGCAAGGUGGUGAAGACCAUGGUGGUGCAGGGCGAGAGGAUGGAGAAGCACACGGGCGAUCCCGCGCUGGCCGCCGACCUUCCUUCCGCCAAAGACGACUUCCAACAGGCCUUGCGUUAUGCAGGAGGCUUUGGAAAAGUACACCUCCCGCAUUUAGUAGAGAAAGAGAUUGUGAAGGAGGACGGAUCAGUCAUCAGAAGGACCCAGAUGCGUAAGACGCGCGCCCAGAAGAGGACUGUGGUGCGGGACGGCCGGGGGAAGCAGGUGCACCUGGAGCGGCUGGAGGACGUCCCGGAGUCGCUGCGACCGGACCGCCUCCAGGAGCACCUGCACAGCCUGCUCCGCCGCUUCUGCGCCGAGGAGGAGGACGAUCUGGAGGAAGAGGAGGGGAGGAAAGAGUGACCACCCCCCCCCCUUCCCCCGCUACACCGACCCCUUAGCAACCAAACCCCCCCCCCCCCCCCCGCCCCUCUUAGUCUCACACAAGCACCUCCACCCAACGUCCGUGUUCCCAUAUAAAGACACUGGAUUUGUUUUUCUCUCUUGCCUGCAGGGAGAAAUUGAACAGCCCCCCCUCCCCCCCUUUUUUUGGCUUUUUAAUUUAUUUUAUUUGAACUUUUUUUGUUUUUAUUUCUUUUCGUUUUUUUGUUCCGCUCAUCUUGUGACCAAAGAUUGCUUCCCUUUCGUUGUUGGGUGAUUUGAAAAUUUGUAGAUAUGAUAUUUUUAGUGUUCGUUUUUUUCCAGGUUUUUUUUUGUUUUUUUGCUCCGUUUUGGUUGCCGUGAUGGAAAGAAAACCAUGCAAAAUCAAGACAAAAACCAACAACAACAACAACAUGAAAUGUAAAAAAAAAAAGGAAAUGAAAUUAGCGAGUGGGGGAACCCCAGUAGCCUCAUCCACAGGCCUCUUCUUAAGGACUCUUGUAAACACUUGUACAUAUACUGUAGUGUACGCGCUUGGACUGAAGAUAAGGACAUGUGUACGACACUGCCUACCAUAACUGCACACACCCACACACCUGAGGACAAAAAUCACCGAGCACCAGAUAUACUGUAUAUUUCCUGAGGUCAAAGGUCAGAGGUCAAGGGCCCUCGGUGUCACUCCGGUCACCGGCGGUGCACAGGGGCGCAUUGCAAAAGCAUUUAGAUCAGGGUAGUCACUGCUGGAGUGCUGUUGCUUGUGGUGUGUAUGCUUUUUGGGUGUGGAAACUUGACUGACCCCCAUUGAGAGCAACGUUGACGAAUGAUCACUUCACCGAGAGAGAAUGGAAAAGCAUUGGAAAGAGAAUGUGAAUGAACACCAUUGUCUGCCAUGACCCAUUAGCCAGGGCACCGAGGCCCUCGAUUCAGAGUCUACACAACACGAUUAAAAAAAAAAAAAAAACGACAACAAUGUACAAAUGUUGAUUUCAUGUUUACAAAGUUAGGUCACGUAGGUGGCUCAGGUGCAGCCCAUUUUAAAUCGCAUUCGAAGAGAGCUUUGCAUACGCAUCUUUUCAGUCCAAACUGUAUCUGUCUGUCUGUCAGUCUGUCAGUCUGUCUGUGUCUGUCUCUUUCCUCCUGAUGCGUGCCAUUGUGUCUCCACCUCCCUCUCCUUUCUCUCUGAGCUGCAGCAAGUCUGAGACUGAUCCCUCUGUGUGACAUCACAGACAGUCUGUGUGUGUGACAUCACAGACAUCUCCACCAACAGUCUGUGUGUGACAUCGCAGACGACAUCACCGACAAUCUGUGUGUGUGACAUCACAGGCAUCCUCACCGACAAUGUAACCCGCCGUCUGGUUAAUGAAAGUAGUUAACGGGAAUGUUGUUUUUUCUCUUUUAUUGCCCACUGAGCAUGUGGCAUAUAUACUGUAGGUGUUGUAAUCAUGUUCUGGCUUCAUAACCUUUGUAGCACUGACUGAUCCUUUUCUUUCACCCCAACUCUCUUCUGUUCCUGAUUUUGAUUUGGUUUGUUCCUUCUCACCCGAUGUUUUAAGACUUGAGACUUUCUUUUUUUUCCAUAUCUUUAAGGGAAACAGCGAAUGUGUUUUUUUUUUUUUGGUUUGUUUGUUUUUGGUUUUUUGUGUUGUUUUUGCUGUUUUUUUUUGCUGAUGCAAAUGAAAUCUGUAGAAAAAAAUAAAUAUUUAGAACCACCGGAAAGUGGCAUAUGAUUCUUGGAGAGGUUCGUCACGAAGACCAGCGUCAUCGUUAGGUUCCUACUGUAGCAGAUGCAGCGGCGUUUGUCAGGGUGUUCGGUCGUUCGUCUUCGAGCGUCUCCCUUGCGGAAAUAUGCAAUCACGUUUACGGCUGAUAAUUCAGCGUGGACACAUUGCUGUCGGUCCACUCCGCCGGUCGAAGCCCUGCUGUCUGUUAAAGUGUCAGGCGGAGAACAGGAUGGUGUCAUGAUGUGAAUGCACAGUGGCUUCUGACUUUAUCACAGCCAACUUCAGCACACUGCUUCAGCACACUGUUCCAGCAUGGAGAGAUGCACUGGGACACACUCUGUCUCUUUGGUCUGUGGACCUGGAGCUUAAGUGGAGGAUUAGUUAUCUUUUUAAUCCUCCGUUGCCCUUUAGUUUUUCUGCGGGGAAUCCGAGUUGCUCUUUUGCAGUGACGACCUGGGUAGAUGGGACAGGCACAGUGUGUGUGUAGGCAGUGUCGGGUUCACCAACAUGGGUUAACAUGGCCAUGUUGGGCAGUAACGAUUCAUCCGAGCUUGGUGGACAUGCCCAGCGAAAGAGCUCCAACCUGGAUUGUUAUUGCUUGAUACAUUAUUAGCAAAAAGACGAGCCACUAUGUUGCUGGGAUAUUUUGUGUUAAUGAUACAUUUGUAGCAGAGGAAUCCAUUAACGACAAUCAUGAUGGGGGAGUGUGUUUGGAGUUUUUUUUCUCCAAUUUGCUGGAUAUUCAAUAAAUUCCAAACACCUUUUAUCUAAAAUACGACACAGGCACGUUUUCAGAAAGUGCAUCGGCGUGUACAGUUGCUUUUAUAUGUCUUUGAAAAAACAAGUAACGUAAAUAUAUACGGCAAUAGGCUCACUUUGAACAAUAGCAUGAUGACCACUGAUAACUACUACUACUAGAUUUUUAUCUUGUAGUAAUAACACUGGCAGUCUUUCGUAAAAAAAUAAAUUAAAAAUAAUUAAAUAUGCUUUUAUGAACAUUCUAGCUGUGGCACACGCUUAUGAUGCUUUAUGAUGCUCUGUAGGAAAAUACACACAUUUUGGUGAUUUGACACAUGAUAUCAUAAAAUACUUAUGGCAAAGCAAUUCAUUUUCUAUUGCAGAAAUGCUACUUUUGUAAAUUGGUGUACUUGUCAUUGACGGUUAUUUUGGUGUGUAGCCAGGAAUAGGUCCUGUGGGAAGAGUGAUGGAGGUGGUCCUGGGUUUAUUCUGUGACUGGAAUCAGGAUUUUUGGGAGAGGUUAAAGCUUGUGAUACAGUAAUAUUUUUUUGAAAGCUUUUGACGAUUUUCAAUCCCUUUUGUAGAAUGUCUUGGCUCACUGUCACACUGUUAGAUUUGUGAUGCAUAAUUUCAAGAUUACGCUGGAAGGUCAUUUUUAAUCUCGUUCUGUGAUUCUUCGACAUCACUUACUCUUUGGGGUAAUACAGUUUGACAAGGGAAACGCUUUCACAAGUUUUGCGACAGAAAACCCGGCUGAAUUUGGCUCAGAUAAUGUCAGCUGUGCAUUCUUUAAAGUGUAACCUGCAUUCUCGCCCUGAGCUUCAUACAGAAAUAUGUACUGUACGCAUCCAGGCCUUUACAUUCAAACAUGCAUUGGUUUAAAAUGAGGGAAUCGAUUUAGCUGUCUCCACCUCCAAGGCUGUUCUUCUGUCAUCCUUUCUUUCUCAUUUAUUUAUUGAUUGUUGCCUGUUAUCUCCGAAGAAGUGUGAAGCCACGUGUGUGUGUGUGCGUGUGUGUGUGAGUGUGUGUGUGUGUCAGUUGGUAUAAGGAAAGGGAAUGUCCACAUUCAACUGGUGAAAAUGACUAUAGAACACAGUGCUUCUUUGAAUUUAGUUAAUGCUUCCACGUGCUGGUGACUCGGGCCAGAAAACCAGGACAGCCUCAACGCACGUUUAGUCGAUGAGUAUCAACGGUCAACAAGGACAAAAAGAGUCACAUGGAUGUUAUCUCGAGCGAGGCUCAAAGUCUCUGUGAUGUUCUUUGCAGUGCAGAUUAUAUCUAUGUAAUGAUAUUAUGGUUUUUCACAUAACUGUUUACUCUGAGUGUAAUCGAACAAAACAAGACGAGACAAAAAAAAAAAAAAAGACGAUGAAAAAAUCGAGACCUGUCAAAAGUAAACUUUUAAUUUGAUGAAUCAGCAUCUUGUUUCCAUGGUGAUAACAAUUAUAUACAUAUAUAUAAAUAUCUAUUGAGGGCAUGUAUUAGUUAUUAAAUGAAAAAGACGAACAUUAAAACACUAACGACGCAUAGCCGCUGCAGUGUGUACAUGGCUGAUUGAUAAUAAACUGUACGAGUGUUAAAUGUA